AUGUCCGCCUUUAAACUAAUCGGAGUGGCGAACAACAGGACGUGGGGUCCUGACUCGAAGAAUGAAGACCUGGUAAAUCAGUGCAUGGGGGAAUUGAAGAAGUACCAAUUUGAGCCAUCUAUGAAAUUCGAAAAAAUAGGAAAAAUAUGCGACUUCACCAGUAGCAGCUAUCAGAAGAACGUAAAGGAUGCGAACAAAAAUUCGAACGAAGGAAAUGCAUUGGAAGACGAGCAGCAAUUCCAAACCGUUGACUUACGGGCAGGACAAAAGCAAAAGGGACCCCUGUACAAUAAGAAGAAAAAUAUGAACAAACAGACGACACAAGCAUUUGCACAAAAGCAAGAAGAAGAAAAUAACCUCUACAGUAGCAGAAUCAAGACAGCUGAGCAGAAGAAGCAAAAACUACUUCAACAAGCGAAAACAGCACGAAUGAAUGCUAGACAUAGAAUAUUCACAGAAUGGAGUAUCGAACCCACCCCCGUAUGGACAGUCGAAUGUGAAGUCAUGUUUAACGAAUUGCCAAAAAAAUUAAUCAAAAUGGACAACUUUCAAAUGCAAGAUAUUUACUUCAGAGGGAGAUUAUUAUACUAUGAUAAAAAAUUUGAAAAUAUUAAUGUCAAGAGCCCCCCAGGAUUAGUAAACCAAAAUAAGGACAAUAACUACUUAGUGUGCAAAACUAUGGAUGAUCAAUCCUUGAUGGAGAUCUUGCUUGACGAGGAUAAAAAAAGCAGAGCUUCUGCAGGAGCAGAUGGCCUGAGUAGUACUAACAUUAUCGUUGUUUCGACGGAUCAGAUACUGUCCUGUCUCAUGUCAGCGGCGCAAUCCAAGUACUCAUGGCAUUUAUUAAUAACCAAAGAGGGAAACAAAAUUAUUAUUGAUAAGGAUGAAGAUUCCAUUGUAGAUCUACUGACUGUUAAUGAAAAUUCCAUCGACGCUCCUACUCAGGACAAUGAAAAUAAAAUUAAUAGCUUACAAGCUCUCGGAUUUGAAGCCUUAAAAAUUAAUCAGCGAUUUAGGAAGCAGGUUCUUCUAAAAAAUGAAGAGGCGGAACAGUAUGACAAUGCCUCCUUUACUGCCAAGAAUUGCAAAAAUUUGGAUGUCCUUUAUAGGUAUAGAAAAAUUGUUAUCCCCCCUAUAGUUCAUGGAUCUUCCAAAAGAAAUUGCACUCUUAUAACCAGAGGUGAGAUUCACUCCAAACUUAAAGGAGCUGCCAACUCGUAUGUCUACAUUUGUGCUCUAAAUGAAUAUGAUAUUAAGAGCCAUAAAAACUGGAGGUCCCAAAUUGAGAACCAGAAGGGGGCUCUUCUUGCCAAUGAAAUUAGGAACAAUACUUCCAAAUUGCAAAAGUUUCUAUGUCAAGCUCUGAUUAGUGGAUGCGAAGACAUCAAGUUAGGUUUCAUUUCUAGGAAAAAUGCCAAUGAUGCAGAAAACCAUCACAUUCUUUCUAUUCAAUCCCACAAGACGAAAGAUCUUUCAACUCAAAUUGGCCUGAAGUAUGAAAAUAUAUGGGGUAUCCUAAGAUACAUUGUUGACAUCAUUUCGGACAAGCCUGAUGGAAAGUACGUCAUUUUGAAGGACCCUCUCAAGGCCCUCCUGCGCCUGACCAGCGCGAAAAUCAUAUUUCUCAAACACGCGCGCCUAGGUGUAUACAUACCUAUGUAA